AAUAUUACUAUUAUGACGAGUUAUCUUAUUAUAUACAAAUAUACUAAUUGAUAAUAACAAUAGACAAUGUUUUGAGACAGUUAUAUAAUUAUAAUUGAAAUCUUAAAAUCUUUGUGACAUCUAUAGUAGCUCAUCAACUAUAUUUCUAAAGUAUAAUACAAUUGUUUUUUGUAGUUGUAGAGUUGGGCAACUAAAAAAAUGUUCAAUUUUAAAACUUCCAAUAAACACACAGUAAAUAAUCCUACAGAUAAAGAAUUAAAAGAAGAAGGCAAUCGCUUAUUCAGUUAUAAACAAUAUGAGAAAGCUAUAGAGUGCUACAAUAAAGCUAUAAUAAAAAAUCCAGUUGUGCCUAUAUAUUUCACAAACCGUGCUUUAUGUUACUUGAAACUCAAACAAUGGGACAAAGCAUGUACUGACUGCCGGCGUGCUUUAGAAAUGGACUUUAACUUUAUCAAAGGGUGUUUUUUCCUAGGCAUAGCUCUUAUUGAAUUAGGAAGUUUUGAUGAAGCUAUUAAACAAUUACAAAGAGCUCAUAACUUAACAAAAGAAAAAAAAAUUAAUUAUGGCGAUGAUAUUACUAGUCAAUUAAGACGAGCCCGUAGACUUAAAUGGGAGAAACAAGAAGAAGUUAGACAAAACCAAGAAAUUGAGCUUUUGUCUUAUUUAACAAAAUUAAUGGAUGAUGAUUUAUCUCGUAAAAUAAGUAUAUUACCAAAGCCAUCAGAUAAUGAACAUGAAAUUGAAGAGUAUGAAAGUUGUGUUAUGGAAUUAAAAAAUCAAAAAGAAAAAUAUUCUGCUGAGCUCCACACAAUUUUUGCCAAAAAUGAUGAUAGACGAAAGAAACGUGAAGUACCAGAUUAUCUAUGUGGAAAUAUAAGCUAUGAUAUUUUAAGAGAUCCUGUUAUUACACCUAGUGGUAUUACAUAUGACCGUAAAGAUCUAGAAGAACAUUUAAUGAAAGUUGGACAUUUUGAUCCAGUCUCUCGUCAAAAUUUAACUGUUGAUCAACUUAUACCUAAUUUAGCAUUAAAAGAAGCAGUAGAAGCAUUUGUUAUGGAAAAUGAAUGGGUGAAUUACUACUGCACCUUAUAAAAAUUCAAUUAAUUUCACUUUUACUACUUUUUAUGAUAUAAAAAACCAUUUUUUAAAAAUAAAUUUAAAGCAAAAUCAUACAUUAUUAAAAUUAUUAUUACAAUUUUUAUAUUUGUUGUGUAUAAUUAAAAUUAUUUCUUUUAUUUUUUAAAUACAAGUUUUUAAAAUACAUUUUCUUUCUUAAUUUAAUGACAUUUACAAAAAUUUAACAUAUAAAUCCAUUAAAUGUGUAUUUAAAAAAUAUAAGCGUUUGUUUGCUAUAUUAUUAUAUUUUAAUUGAUUACUAUUAUUUGAUGUCAUACAAGAAUGAUAACCCU